AUGCCGCGUCAAAUUACUGACAUCAAGGAGUUCUUGCUCACCGCCCGCAGAAAGGAUGCCAAGUCCGUCAAGAUCAAGAAGAACUCUGAGAACGUCAAAUUCAAGAUCAGAUGCAGCAAAUACUUGUACACCCUUGUAGUAGGAGUAAGUUGAUUUCUUUUUUUCUUGAUUUUAGGUACUUAUAUGCGGAUGAGAAUGGUUUUUUUAAAUAUGAAUAUUGGAAUUUAGUUGACAUUUAUGGGUUUAUUUUUAGUGUAAUUUGAAAACAGUAUUAUAGACUUAUAAAGGUUUUCUAUUUUGUUUCUGAUUGAAGAGCUGGGGUUUUGUGAACUUCUAAAUUAAUAAAGUUGGCAAGAAUUAACCUUUAUUUACGCAUUUUUAACGCUUGAUGUUGUUUUAGAAAAUUAGUACAGUUUUUCAACUGUGUAAUGCUGUAGCUAGAUGAUAUUUCAAACUUUUAUUCUUAUUUUAUCUCUUUUCAGGACGUGACCAAGGCCGAAAAGCUGAAGCAAUCCCUCCCACCAGGUCUCCAAGUUAAGGAACUCAAAUAA